AUGAAAUAUAAAAACGAUAUUCAAGAUGAAAAAAUAUUUUUUAUUCUGUCAGGAGAAUUAAGUAAAGAAACAGCUAAAGAAAUUGAUUAUUUAUCUCAAGUAUCUUCAAUCUAUGUAUUCGAUUUGAUUAAUACAAAUAAUGAACAUUCAAUACAACAGUCAAAGAAAUAUAAAGGAAUUUUUACUCAAAUAGAAACAAUUUGUAAUAAAGUUAAAGAAGAUAUCAUUCAAUAUGAACAUGAGAUUGUUCAAUUCGAUUAUGUAUCUGCUAAUUUUAAUUCAAAUUCAAUUAAAUCAGAUAAAAAUAACCAAGAACCUAAUUUUAUGUUUGCACAACUUAUUAAAGAUAUUAUAACAAACGUCGAAUAUUCUCAACGAGACUACGAAGAUAUGAUAAAUUAUUUACGUUCUCAAUAUUCUGAUAACAACAAUAUAUUGAGAAUAAUUGAUGAAUUUCAAUCUGAAAAUAAACCUAAAAAGUUCAUUUUCUGGUAUACUAAAGACUCAAUUUUCUAUAAAAUAAUAAAUAAAGGUUUGUGUACAUAA